UUGUCCUGUCCAGUUCAUAACUCGUCACUGUCGCCCACACCAUUCACUGGUUCUUUGAUUCCCACCUACGACGACUUUACGCCAGACGACCCCCCACCAGAGGGCCCCACCGACAGCACCACCACCACCACGAACGGCGAUCCUCCCGAGAAGAUCUACCAGGGACUGAACGAUAAACUCAUCCCCAUCUACUGCUCCAUCUUAGCAGCUGUUGUCGUCGGUUUUGUGGCUUUCAUCAUCUUCAAGGGUUGGAAUAGCUGUAAGCAGAACAAGCAAGGAGCCAACAACUGCACAACCAAUCAGAACCAGACUCCGUCACCUGAGGGCGAGAAGCUCCACAGUGACAGCGGCAUUUCUGUGGACAGCCAGAGUCUGCAGGAGCAGCAGGGCCAAACUCAGGCGCAAACCGUGGUCACAAUUGAUGAGGAGCCUUGUUUGCUCCUUCCGCUCCACACCAGAGAGAAAGUGGAGAAGCUUCUGUUCAGAGGCAUUGAGAGAGAUAACUGCAGCCAGAUGCAGGACAGUGACUGGUACAACUUGGCCGGUCUUCUUGGAUACGAGGAGGAGAGGAUUGCGACUUUCCAGCAUGAAGAGCAUCCAGUCCAAGCCCUCCUGUCUGACUGGGCAAGCAAGGACUGUGCUAGCAUCGAUGCGUUGUGCACGGCGCUGCGUAAGAUAAACCGUGAUGACAUCGCUCAGAGUCUGGUGCUAAGCCCAAGUACUACAAAGCCAACUGCCACUUCUGUUGUGUGA